AUGAGCUCUAUGUUGCAUGUCUCACCACUUCUGCGAAAGUCCAUUUUCUCCAUUUACGCCGGUCGCACCGUGGCAGGUACCACUAUCCAACGUUUCAACGUCCACGAUUCCAGUCAGAAGUUUUCUCAGGCCAAUGAGCAUGACUCGCAGCACGGGUGCGACCUGAAGAGCACUCCUAACCACCCGCUUCCCUCCAAUAACGCCCACCCGACCCUUCGAGAUGGCAGACAAUCAAAUUUGGCCGACAUGGAAGGGAAGAAACACGAAGACUUGCCGGAAGAUGUGAGAAAACACAACGAAGACAUGAUGAACCGCUAUGAUCGGCCUUACAACCACAUCGCGGACGAGGGCAAGGUCGAGCACGCUUUCGAAGAGAAAUGA